AUGAGUAAGGUAAUCAUUAUCGGCUCUGUAGCUACUUUGGCGUUUGUGAUCGUUUCCCUUAUCACCAUGGGUCUGGUGCUAAAGGAGAUAGCAGAAGUGCAGCUGGAAAUGCAGCUUGACAUGGAUGAGUUCAAUGGAAUCGCUGAUGACGCUUGGAGUCGCAUACUUUCGAAGAGGAUUGGUUCAACAGGAAGAUCAGAAGCUGCGCCAAAUUUUAUCACGGUGGUCAAGCGACAGCCACGUGCUGGAGGUUUCCCAGAUCAAUGCAAUUGCGGAGCCAGAUCUGCGAAGUGCCCUCCGGGCCCACCUGGACCACCCGGACCUCCAGGACUUCCGGGAGAACCCGGCCGCGACGGUGACGACGGUCGUCCUGGAGCUCCAGGCAUAGCCCUCGCGAUAACACAUGACAUACCCGGU